AUGAGGCCACAGAGCGGGUUUGUUUCUUAUUCUUCUUUUCACUAUGGCGGAUGUGCCUGGGAUUGAGGCCAUCAGCUGUGAAGGGAGCGGUCCCCUCCUCUUAUUUCAAGGGCAAGGCAGGCUGAAAAGUGUUGUCAAAGGGUGAAGACACUGCAUUCUCAGCCAGGGUUUAAUAAGACUGUUUUUAGAAUGGAGUUUAGGAUCAGGAGUACAACACUCCCUACUACUUUUUGUACAGUGUGCUCCGGUGCGUUGGAUAUUAUUUUUAUAAUUAUCUUUAUUUUUAUUGAUAUCUCAUUUUUUACCCCAUUUGCACCACUGGCACUCACUGUGGUCACUUUUGUUGAGCUAUACACCAUAACCCUAAGGUCUGUUUUUCAGUUAUGCACCACCAGUUCAGAUUAGUCCUUUAUAUAUAUGAGAAGUUAGGUGGUUGUUGUUUAGUCGUUUAGUCGUGUCCGACUCUUCGUGACCCCAUGGACCAGAGCACGGAGUACUUACUUAUAAGGGACGGCUGCCCCUAUGGUCUAAACCACUGAGCCUCUUGGGCUUGCCAAUCACAAGGUCAGUGGUUCAAAUCCCCACAACGGAGUAAGCUCCUGUUGCUCUGUCCCAGCUCCUGCCAACCUAGCAGUUUGAAAGCAUGUCAGUGCAAGUAGAUAAAUAGGUACUGCUGUGGCGGGAAGCUAAACGGCGUUUCCGUGUGCUCUAGUUUCCGUCACGGUGUUCUGUUGUGCCAGAAGUGUUUUAGUUAUGCUGUCAUUAGUUUAUGUCUCAAUUCAUUAGACACACACACAGAUAGGUACUCAAUUUAAGUACAGUAGAUAAACAUGUCAUCUUUAUAACUGGGGGGGGGGAUAGAUUGUAAGUCUGAGGGCAGGGGCUGUGUUAUUUAAUUGAUUCUAAGUAAGCUACUCUGAGAUUCUGUUUGGCUGAAGAGUGGGGUACAAAUGUUAUAAAUUAUUUUAGAUCCCCUCUUUUUAGUUGCCAGGAUCCCCCCCUGCAGUUCUUUAAAAGUAGAAGUGAACUGCUGGUUUUCCACAUUUAAAUCAAAACACAUUGACAAAUAUCUAGCUAGGUCAUACUCAAGAGUAGACCCACUGAAAUAAAUGGACAAUGGGUCUAUUCUGAGUAUGACUAACAGUGAAUAUUACCUACUGUAUAUUUAAAACAGCUACUGGAUGGCUCUCAGCAGCUUUCAAUUUCAAAAGUGCAAGGAGAGUCUUUAUCUAGAAAAGAUUAUUUUUAACCCAGGGAAUGCUGCCUUUUAACAUGACUUUUAGCCUCUUCUAAAGCAGGCAAACAAGUUGGAUGGUUGAUGUUAUCUUUGGUUAGAAGCAAGAGAUAACGGAAAUGCCUGUUUCCCUGCUACCUAUGGAUAUAAACAACACUCUUUAUGAACUAGUUUAAGCUUGCUUCAUCUCUCUAUAUAUCCUGCAGCUCUUCCUCCUCAAGAGAAGUUCUGAAUGCUUCUUGUUGCUAAAAGGGGCUUUUAAAAGAAGAAUCAGAACACCUCCACACAAAAUGCCAUUUGGGGCUCAAUAUACCCAAGCUCCACAGGGGCAAUUUCUUUGACUAUAUGAGUGAAAGAGACAAAUAACCCUUCACCUAAUUUGUUCAUUAUCAUCACCUUUGAUCCAAUUCCUCGACAAACACACACAAAAGGCCAUUUAGGUCGAUAAGUGGUCGAUUAUUAAACAGUGAGUAUGCUGGAUGGAGGACUGACCUGAACACUGUAAACACUAAUGUCCUUUCCAAAAUAACUGGGAUCAAGGGGAAAGUGUCAGCUGCUCAAGUACAGUGUGAACUGCCAAGUUUUUCAGAAGGCUGUGAACCAAUCCAGGGCUUCUGUCAGCCGUAAAAUCCUUCCACCAUAGACAGUGCAAUCCUAUAUUCACUAGUUCUUGAAGUCUUCUGAAGUGGAGGCUCUAUCUGCUGCUGAAACCACUGCUGCAGAAGUGCCUGCGCACAUUAUGCUAAUGCUUCCCUGGUAAAGUUCUCCCUGCAGACCCCUGAAAAUGGAGUACUAUAGAAGUCAUAGGCAGGCCUGUGCACAGGAAGAGGGGGCAGCUGGGUACACUUUCCCCAGGCCUUGGAGGGCUAAGCAGGCUGGGGGCCCCACCAGAGACUGGCUGCUUUUUGCUUUGAGUUUAUAACUAUUCUAAAAAGUCUCCCACCUUGGGCCUCAGAGAAGCUCUGCACUGGCCUGGUCAUAGGUGAGGCAUGAGUGGCAUGGGGAGAAGUAUACAGACAUGGUAUACUAACCUCCCACUAUGCAAUUCAAACACACCAAACAGCUACAUCAGGACAGGACCAAAACAGCACCCAAACCAUCCCCAGCUCAGGAGGAGAGGGGAAAGGAAAAGUGUACCAGGCGGAGAAAUCUUCCUAUAUUAUUGGAGUCAAUGAGAGAGGAACUGAGCUUGGCUUCUAUGGCUCUGGGAGACUUGGUUCUAAGAAACGUGUUCUCAGAAUGGUCCUAAGAACUUUAUUCUGAACAGUUUCUAGGUUUUGAAGUUUCCUGCAGUCCCCAGAUCUCAGCACGGUAGAGGAUUCACCCACUCUGAUUUUUCAGAAUGGACAGAGCAGGCAUAGGCAAACUCGGCCCUCCAGAUGUUUUGGGACUACAAGUCCCACCAUCCCUAGCUAACAGGACCAGUGGUCAGGGAUGAAGGGAGUUGUAGUCCCAAAACAUUUGGAGGGCCGAGUUUGCCUAGGCCUGGGUCAGAAUUGGGUCAGUUUUUACCUUCACAUCUCCAUAUAUGGAGCAAAUUUGGGGACGGUGUGGGGCACACACAGCAGGAAGAGAGGAAGGAAGUCCCAUUGCACCAGUAAUUUUUGCACUAGCACAAUUAUUCCAUUGAAUAUUGCCCCAUACAUUUAAAGCACAUUUAUACUACUUGAGGGACGCGGGUGGCGCUGUGGUUUAAACUACAGAGCCUAGGACUUGCUGAUCAGAAGGUCGGCGGUUCGAAUCCCCGUGACGGGGUGAGCUCCCGUUGCUCGGUCCCAGCUCCUGCCAACCUAGCAGUUCGAAAGCACAUCAAAGUGGAAGUAGAUAAAUAGGUACCGCUCCUGCGGGAAGGUAAACGGCGUUUCCGUGCAGUGCUCUGGUUCGCCAGAAGCGGCUUAGUCAUGCUGGCCACAUGACCCAGAAGCUGUACACCAGCUCCCUCGGCCAGUAAAGCAAGAUGCACGCCACAACUCCAGAGUUGGUCACGACUGGACCUAAUGGUCAGGGGUCCCUUUACCUUUACCUUUACUACUUGAACAUUCACAAUGUCCCCCAAAGAAUUAUGGGAACCAUAGUUUACCCUUAACAGAACUACAGUUUCCUGAAUUAUUUGCGGGCAGUCAUGUGCUUUAAGUGCAUGCUGUAGAUAUGACUGGUGGGCUUGGUGAAUAGGGGCUCUUUUGUUUUAAAUACCUAUAUCCAAAUGUUGUACAUUCUGUAACACAAAGAUCAUGAGAUUCAAAUGUGUCAAUAUUUUACAUUAUGAGAUAGUCUGAUACUCUAUCAUCUACUGUCUGCCUUUCUGUAGUUGUGUGUUUUACAUGUAACUUGUGGUUCCAGAUGGAGAUGUGCUUCUAGCGAGACAUCCAUUAUGUGCACUGGUACCUGGUUAUGCAUCUGCGUCCACAUCAGAUCUUUGCAUGGAGAUAUUCACUAUUGGCCUAGGGCUACUAAAGAGUGAGUGACUCAAAGUGAAAGGAAAUGUGACUGAAUGAGAAAAAAAUGAACGAGUAUACUUGAAGGACUUCAGUACAAAUCACUAAACAUGACCAGUGCUUACAAUUUAACAAAGAGUCAGAUCAACAACUAAGGUACAAUAGGUUUUAUUUUUAUUUCAUUAUAAAUAGAGAUGUACAGAUGAAGGCCAAUACUGAGGUUCCUUCCCAGGAGCCUGUCACAGUAAACUCUUGCCCAUUUGAACCCACAGUUAA